UAUUUUAUAACAAUAGGCAUGAUAGUUGAUAGAAAAUAACUUUAUCAAAAUGUCGUUGGAAAUUGAAUCUGCUGACGUUGUGCGUUUGAUUGAACAAUACUUGAAAGAGAGUAACUUGCACAGGACCUUAGCUAUGUUGCAGGAAGAAUCGACUAUCUCAUUGAACACAGUAGAAAGCAUUGAUGGUUUUGUGAAUGAUAUUAAUAAUGGACACUGGGACACAGUACUGCAGGCGAUACAAUCCCUGAAACUCCCCGACAAAACACUGGUGGAUUUAUACGAACAAAUUGUUCUUGAGUUGAUUGAACUUCGCGAGCUUGGUGCAGCACGUUCGUUGCUUCGACAAACUGACCCAAUGAUGGCGCUAAAGCACGCACAAGCGGACCGGUACCUUCACCUUGAGAACUUACUCGCUCGCUCAUAUUUUGAUCCACGAGAAGCUUACCCGGAUGGUUCAACCAAGGAAAAAAGAAGGGCAGCCAUCGCUUAUUCUCUUGCUAAAGAAGUCAGUGUAGUUCCCCCGUCGCGCCUCAUGGCUUUGCUCGGCCAAGCAUUGAAGUGGCAGCAACAUCAAGGGCUUCUCCCACCCGGCUCCACCAUCGAUUUGUUCCGAGGAAAAGCAUCGACCGUCCUCGAGGAGGAAGAUGAGAGGUUUCCUACACAGAUCAGCAAAACGAUCAAGUUUGGACAAAAAUCCCAUGUUGAAUGUGCGAGGUUCUCACCUGAUGGACAAUACUUGGUCACUGGAAGUGUGGACGGUUUCAUUGAAGUUUGGAAUUUUGCGACUGGAAAAAUUCGUAAAGAUCUUCAGUUUCAAGCUCAGGAUCGCUUCAUGAUGAUGGAGGAAGCCGUGUUGUGCCUUGCAUUCAGUAGAGAUAGUGAGAUGCUGGCAAGUGGUGAUCAGGAGGGAAAGAUAAAGGUCUGGAAAAUGAGCACAGGUCAGUGCUUGAGGAGAUUUGAAAGAGCUCACACCAAAGGUGUUACCAGUGUAUCUUUCUCUAAAGAUGGAAGUCAGGUCCUCAGUGCUUCAUUUGACCAAACUAUUAAAGUUCACGGAUUAAAAUCUGGCAAGACAUUGAAAGAAAUGCGUGGCCAUUCAUCAUUUGUUAAUGAAGCUGUGUUUAUGUUAGAUGGGCAUCAUGUAAUAAGUGCUUCAUCUGAUGGCAAUGUUAAGAUAUGGAAUGUUAAAAGCACAGAAUGCACCAACACAUUCAAAUCUCUUGGUGCUGGACAACAAGAUGUUACCGUUAACAGCGUUCAUUUAUUGCCAAAGAAUCAAGAACAUUUUGUUGUUUGUAAUCGAUCAAGUACCGUGUCUAUUAUGAAUAUGCAGGGUCAAACAGUCCGUUCGUUUAGCUCUGGUAAGCGUGAGGGUGGUGACUUUGUGUGUGCAACAGUUUCACCACGUGGAGAGUGGAUUUAUUGUGUUGGAGAAGAUAAGGUGCUUUACUGCUUCUCUGCCACAAGUGGCAAGUUAGAACGUACACUUACAGUCCAUGAAAAAGAUGUAAUAGGAAUAUCCCAUCAUCCACAUACAAACUUGAUUGCUACCUAUUCAGAAGAUGGCUUACUUCGAUUGUGGAAGCCGUAGAAUAAAAAUAGAGCGGGAUUUGAAAUUAAUUAGAAUGCUGUAUGUGGCGAUUGUGUGUCAUAAUGCUUGUCAAUCAUACUUCAACAAGUGACGCGUUUCAUUAUGAUGUUAUAAUGCAUUUCGAUAUGAAAACCGCACGCCAACUGAUUUUAGAAUUUUUAAUAAAAUAUUAUCACAUGGGCA